CAUAGGUUCAAUCAUGGACCACGAUGCGCCGGAAGUGGUGCCUCAUCGCAACGACGCCAUCUAUGUACCCAACGAUUCGCAAGGUCCGGAAGUCGUCAAGCAGAUCGGCCCAGCAGUCUCGUACAACCGUCCAGGAUACUUUCCUUUGCCCGCCUCUGACCACGAUAACGAUUUCCCGCGAGAGAAGAGCCCUCACAGUGCGCCAGUUGCAACGACGAAGAAGUCUAGAAAAUGGAUAUGGAUCGGCAUAGGAGCGUUGCUCGUCGCUCUGGCAGUUGGACUCGGAGCAGGUCUCGGCUUGACGCUGGGCAAGAGUAGCGACAAGGACAACAGUGGCAGCGGGAGCAGCAGUCUCGGGAACGACACCAGCGUCGGAAACGACACCAGCGUCGGAAACGACACCAGCCCCCUCUCCAGCGUAACCUCCGGCACCACAGGCCUCGCUGAAUUCAGCUGCGCAGACUCCACCGCGAUCCGCAGCUCCAACAGCACAAUAUACAUCGCCGACUGCUACAUCCAAUACGCCGUCGGCCGCAAAUCCUACUACGACCCAAACGUUACGGUUUUCAAUCUCCCUGGCAGUCAUACAGUCUAUUCUCUCGAAGAGUGUCUCGACAGAUGUGAUCAAUUCCAAGCAAAUGGCCAGCCGCCAUGCCGGGCAGUAACGUACUAUGCGAACUUGGACUUUCCUGUCCAUGCGUGGGGCGGCAAUUGCUUCUUGAAGAACGACCGCGCAGAUGGUGGUGGCAGGGAUAAGGAGGUUGAUUGGGAUCAUACGAUGACUUCGGUCAUGGCUCCUGCAGACUUCUAUCGACCGGAGAACGAUGCGCAGGAAGUAGUGCCGCCUCACGGAGACCACGGUCCGAUUCACGCACCGGACUACUCGCAAGAUCCAGAGGUCGUCAAGCAAAGCGGUCCGGAAUCUCGCCCAUUCCUGUACACGAUCACGAACAUGACGUACAAGGAGAGAAAGGCCCGCGAAGUGUCGUUGAUCAAGUGUCGAGCGGUUGUUCUCGGAGUUGCGCUUGGAGCUGGGCUAGGAGUGGGUUUGAAUAAGAGCGAGAAGAGCAGAGAGCCUACUACCACCACGACGCCUGCGGUAACAUCGACCAGCUCGGCCGACACUUCACCCGUAACAUCCGGCAUCACCGGCCUAGCAGCAUUCAACUGCACCGCUUCCGGGCCCGAGGUCGUCUUCAGCCACAACAACGCCGUCUACAAAACUGAAUGCUUCAAGCAAUACCUCGCCGGCAGCGCCUUCGUCACCCGGCCCAACGUCACCAUCGUCAACCUCGGCGAGCGAGAGAUAACCUAUACCAUCGAGGACUGCCUAGAUAAAUGCGACAAGUUCGACGAGCCCGGACAGCCGCCGUGUUUGGCUGUCACGUAUUACGCGAAUUUGACGGUCCCGAUUGAGAAGUUUGGUAGGAAUUGUUUCUUGAAGAAUGGUCGGGGAGGGUACUCGGAGAGGCAGGUUAAAGAGGUGGAUUUGUUGCAUAGUAUGAGUGCUUAUCUGAGGUGUUCGGAUAACAAUGGGUGUAAGGGGUUGCUGUGA